AUGGCAUCUGGGAGCCGGUGGCGGCGGCCGCCGCCGCUGCUGCUGCUUCUGGCGCUGGCGGCGGGCGUGAGCGGCCUGGAGUUCGGCGGCGGCCCGGGGCAGUGGGCGCGCUAUGCCCGCUGGGCGGGCGCGGCGAGCAGCGGCGAGCUCAGCUUCAGCCUGCGCACCAACGCCACACGCGCGUUGCUGCUCUACCUGGACGAUGGCGGCGACUGCGACUUCCUGGAGCUGCUGCUGGUGGACGGGCGCCUGCGGCUGCGCUUCACCCUCUCGUGCGCGGAGCCGGCCACGCUGCAGUUGGACACGCCGGUGGCCGACGACCGCUGGCACAUGGUGCUGCUGACCCGCGACGCGCGCCGCACGGCACUGGCAGUGGACGGCGAGGCCCGCGCAGCCGAGGUGCGCUCCAAGCGGCGCGAGAUGCAGGUGGCCAGCGACCUGUUCGUGGGCGGUGUCCCGCCCGACGUGCGCCUCUCGGCGCUGACGCUCAGCACGGUGAAGUACGAGCCGCCCUUCCGCGGCUUGCUGGCCAACCUGAAGCUGGGCGAGCGGCCCCCGGCUCUGCUGGGCAGCCAGGGCCUGCGUGGCGCUGCAGCCGACCCGCUGUGCGCGCCCGCGCGCAACCCCUGCGCCAACGGAGGCCUCUGCACCGUGCUGGCCCCCGGCGAGGUAGGCUGCGACUGCAGCCACACGGGCUUCGGCGGCAAGUUCUGCAGCGAAGAGGAGCACCCCAUGGAAGGUCCGGCUCACCUGACGUUAAACAGCGAAGUAGGGUCCUUACUGUUCUCCGAGGGGGGGGCCGGGAGAGGAGGAGCCGGCGAGGUGCACCAGCCGACAAAAGGGAAGGAGGAGUUUGUGGCGACCUUCAAAGGCAAUGAGUUCUUCUGCUACGACCUGUCACACAACCCGAUCCAGAGCAGCACUGACGAGAUCACGCUGGCCUUCCGCACCCUGCAGCGCAACGGGCUGAUGCUGCACACGGGCAAGUCGGCCGACUACGUCAACCUGUCCCUCAAGUCUGGCGCUGUCUGGCUGGUCAUCAACCUAGGCUCGGGCGCCUUUGAGGCCCUCGUGGAACCCGUCAACGGCAAGUUCAACGACAACGCCUGGCACGACGUCCGGGUCACCCGAAACCUGCGCCAGCACGCAGGGAUUGGACACGCUAUGGUAAACAAACUGCAUUAUCUGGUGACCAUCUCGGUGGACGGGAUCCUGACCACCACAGGCUACACACAGGAGGAUUACACCAUGCUGGGCUCUGAUGACUUCUUCUACAUUGGGGGCAGCCCCAACACAGCUGACCUGCCGGGCUCACCCGUGAGCAACAACUUCAUGGGCUGCCUCAAGGACGUGGUCUACAAGAACAAUGACUUCAAGCUGGAACUCUCCCGCCUGGCAAAGGAAGGGGACCCCAAGAUGAAGCUGCAAGGGGACCUGUCAUUCCGCUGUGAGGAUGUGGCUGCCCUAGACCCAGUGACCUUUGAGAGCCCUGAGGCCUUUGUUGCACUGCCCCGCUGGAGCGCCAAGCGCACUGGCUCUAUCUCCCUGGACUUCCGCACCACUGAGCCCAACGGGCUGCUGCUCUUCAGCCAGGGCCGGCAGGCCGGGGCCGGUAGCCACAGCUCUGCCCAGAGGGCCGACUACUUUGCCAUGGAGUUGUUGGAUGGCUACCUCUAUCUUCUGCUGGACAUGGGCUCUGGGGGCAUCAAGCUGCGGGCAUCCAGCCGCAAGGUCAAUGAUGGCGAGUGGUGCCACGUGGACUUCCAGAGGGAUGGGCGCAAAGGCUCCAUCUCGGUGAACAGCCGCAGCACGCCGUUCUUGGCCAGCGGAGAGAGCGAGAUUCUGGACUUGGAGAGCGAGCUGUACCUAGGCGGUCUCCCCGACGGGGGGCGGGUGGACCUGCCCCUGCCCCCGGAGGUGUGGACGGCGGCACUCCGGGCUGGCUACGUGGGCUGCGUGCGCGACCUCUUCAUAGACGGGCGUAGCCGAGACCUCCGGGGCCUGGCGGAGGCCCAGGGCGCGGUGGGUGUUGCGCCCUUCUGCUCCCGGGAAACGCUGAAGCAGUGCGCCUCCGCCCCCUGCCGCAACGGGGGUGUCUGCCGAGAGGGCUGGAACCGCUUUGUCUGUGACUGCAUUGGGACCGGCUUCCUGGGGCGGGUUUGCGAGAGAGAGGCCACGGUCCUGAGCUACGAUGGCUCCAUGUACAUGAAGAUCAUGCUCCCUAACGCCAUGCACACGGAGGCAGAGGACGUGUCCCUGCGCUUCAUGUCCCAGCGGGCCUACGGACUUAUGAUGGCCACCACCUCCCGGGAAUCUGCUGACACCCUGCGACUAGAGCUGGACGGGGGGCAGAUGAAGCUCACAGUCAACCUCGACUGCCUGCGCGUCGGCUGCGCACCCAGUAAAGGCCCUGAGACACUCUUCGCGGGGCACAAGCUCAAUGACAAUGAGUGGCACACGGUGAGGGUGGUGCGGCGUGGCAAGAACCUUCAGCUGUCUGUGGACAACGUGACCGUGGAAGGACAGAUGGCAGGAGCCCAUACACGGCUGGAGUUCCACAACAUUGAGACGGGUAUCAUGACGGAGCGGCGCUUCAUCUCUGUGGUGCCCUCCAACUUCAUCGGGCACCUGAGUGGGCUGGUGUUCAACGGGCAGCCCUACAUGGACCAGUGCAAGGAUGGUGACAUCACCUACUGCGAGCUCAAUGCUCGCUUUGGCCUGCGUGCUAUUGUGGCUGACCCUGUCACCUUCAAGAGUCGCAGCAGCUACCUGGCGCUCGCCACACUCCAAGCUUACGCCUCAAUGCACCUCUUCUUCCAGUUCAAGACCACCGCUCCCGACGGGCUUCUCUUGUUCAACUCAGGCAACGGCAAUGACUUCAUUGUCAUCGAGCUGGUCAAGGGGUACAUCCACUAUGUGUUUGACCUGGGGAAUGGCCCGUCCUUGAUGAAGGGGAACUCGGACAAACCAGUCAAUGACAACCAGUGGCACAACGUGGUGGUGUCCAGGGACCCAGGCAACGUGCAUACGCUCAAGAUUGACUCCCGCACUGUCACGCAGCACUCCAAUGGCGCCCGAAACCUCGAUCUCAAAGGAGAGUUGUACAUUGGUGGUCUGAGCAAGAAUAUGUUCAGCAACCUGCCCAAGCUGGUGGCCUCCCGGGACGGCUUCCAGGGCUGCCUGGCCUCCGUGGACCUCAACGGGCGCCUCCCAGACCUCAUCGCCGACGCCCUGCACCGUAUCGGGCAGGUGGAGAGGGGCUGUGACGGCCCCAGCACCACCUGCACCGAAGAGUCCUGUGCCAACCAGGGCGUCUGCCUGCAGCAGUGGGACGGCUUCACCUGCGACUGCACCAUGACUUCGUACGGAGGCCCUGUCUGCAAUGACCCUGGGACCACAUACAUCUUUGGGAAGGGGGGCGCGCUCAUCACCUACACAUGGCCCCCCAAUGACCGGCCCAGCACGAGGAUGGACCGCCUGGCCGUGGGCUUCAGCACCCAUCAGCGGAACGCUGUGCUGGUUCGGGUGGACAGCGCCUCUGGCCUGGGAGACUAUCUGCAGCUGCACAUUGACCAGGGCACCGUGGGGGUGAUCUUUAACGUAGGCACGGACGAUAUUACCAUCGACGAGCCCAACGCCAUCGUGAGCGACGGCAAAUACCACGUGGUGCGCUUCACCCGAAGCGGCGGCAACGCCACGCUGCAGGUGGACAGCUGGCCGGUCAACGAGCGGUACCCGGCAGGAAACUUUGAUAACGAGCGCCUGGCGAUUGCUAGACAGAGAAUCCCCUACCGGCUUGGUCGAGUAGUUGAUGAGUGGCUGCUCGACAAAGGCCGCCAGCUGACCAUCUUCAACAGCCAGGCUGCCAUCAAGAUUGGGGGCCGGGAUCAGGGUCGCCCCUUCCAGGGCCAGGUGUCCGGCCUCUACUACAAUGGGCUCAAGGUGCUGGCACUGGCCGCUGAGAGCGACCCGAAUGUGCGGACCGAGGGCCACCUGCGCCUGGUGGGGGAGGGGCCGUCCGUGCUGCUUAGUGCGGAGACCACGGCCACCACCCUGCUGGCCGACAUGGCUACCACCAUCAUGGAGACCACCACCACCAUGGCCACAACCACCACGCGCCGGGGCCGCUCCCCCACGUUGAGGGACAGCACCACCCAGAACACAGAUGACCUCCUGGUGGCCUCAGCUGAGUGUCCGAGCGAUGAUGAGGACCUGGAGGAGUGUGAGCCCAGUACUGGAGGAGAGUUAAUAUUGCCCAUUAUCACGGAGGACUCCUUAGACCCCCCUCCUGUGGCCACCCGCUCCCCCUUCGUGCCCCCACCCCCCACCUUCUACCCCUUCCUCACGGGCGUGGGCGCCACCCAAGACACCCUGCCCCCGCCCGCGGCACGCCGCCCGGCGGCCGGGGGCCCGUGCCAGGCCGAGCAGGACGACAGCGACUGCGAGGAGCCCAUGGAGGCCUCGGGCUUUGCCUCCGGGGAGGUCUUUGACUCCAGCCUUCCCCCCACGGACGACGAGGACUUUUACACCACCUUUCCCCUUGUCACGGACCGCACCACCCUCCUGUCACCCCGCAAGCCCGCUCCCCGGCCCAACCUCAGGACAGAUGGGGCCACAGGUGCCCCUGGGGUGCUGCUCGCCCCCUCCGCCCCAGCGCCCAAUCUGCCAGCGGGCAAAAUGAACCACCGAGACCCUCUACAGCCCCUGCUGGAGAACCCGCCCUUGGGGCCCGGGGCCCCCACGUCCUUCGAGCCGCGGAGGCCUCCGCCCCUGCGCCCCGGAGUGACCUCAGUCCCGGGCUUCCCCCAUUUGCCCACAGCCAACCCUACGGGGCCGGGGGAGCGGGGCCCGCCGGGCGCGGUGGAGGUGAUCCGGGAGUCCAGCAGCACCACGGGCAUGGUGGUGGGCAUCGUGGCGGCGGCGGCCCUCUGCAUCCUUAUCCUCCUGUAUGCCAUGUACAAGUACCGCAACCGCGAUGAGGGCUCCUACCAGGUGGACCAGAGCCGUAACUACAUCAGUAACUCGGCCCAGAGCAAUGGCGCCGUAGUGAAGGAGAAGGCCCCGGCCGCCCCCAAGACGCCCAGCAAGGCCAAGAAGAACAAAGACAAGGAGUAUUAUGUCUGAGCACCCCGGCAAGCACUGCGCCCCACUGCCAUCUGCCCCUUCUGGGAGUGCCUGGGAGGACGGUUGCGGCCCUCACCCUGCCAGGGGCCUUGGGGACCCACUACCCGCAGCCUCAGACUUCUCUCACAACGAGGAAACGCAAAAAAAAAAGAAAAAAAAAAAAAGGAAACCCCGUGCUCUUCCCCUUCCUCCUAAUGUUGGAGGCGGCUGUCCCUCUGGCUCUGCGCAGCCAGGCAGGCCAUGUGCUCACAGCCCUGGGUUGAUUUUAUUUUUUUAAGGGGGGUAGUUUUAUUUUGGUGGGUUGGGUGGGAAAGAAGGCUGGGGGUUUUGUAAAGUGCCCACUACUCGUCCCCUUAAUCCCCCACCAUUUCUCUUCCACCCUCUGCCCCUCCUGCCUUCCUUCUCUCCCCAAGCCCUCCAGUCCCCACCCCAGGCUUGCUGUGUCUGUCCCUACUCUCCUUCUCCACUUCUCCCUUUUUGUGUGUCUGGUUUCUCCCUUCCUUUCCUCCUUUUGGGUUUCCAGAGUUGGUGGGAGAAGGGCGGGAGGGUGGGCUGAGUAGCCCAUUGGGUGGGUGGGGUGAGGCUGGGCAGUGGGGUUGUCCUUUGAAUGCCCCAACCCCACUCGCUGGAGGAAGCCCUGGCCUGGUGCCGCCCAGGGAAGGGGCUCGGGUCUGGCUGGAGGCCCAUUCUGUUCUGUGCCACCGGGCAACGUGCAUUGAGGGGGACGCUGUUGGAGGAGCAGGGGUGGGGGGCGGGGGGAGGGAAGGCAAAUGCAGAUAUAUAUUACAGACAAAUACUCUAGAUCCUCGAGCCACAGGGAGGAGGGAGCAAGGCAUUGUCCAGACUGCUGGGGCCACUUGUCUGCCCACGGGCUCCCUGCUCCCCUGGUUUUUUUUUCUCUCUUUGUUAACAAACGUGUCUGAGUCUUGGAAAACAUCCCAAACCCGGAAAUGUGUGGGAAAAAGAAAACAAAAACUUUCCAAAUCCCAGCGUUCCUGUGCAGUUUGUUUGGGGGGGGUGCUAUUGAGACACUGGUCCUGGCUUUGGGCUGGGGUCUGGGCCCAAAUUCGGACCCAUGAGAGCUGGUAAGUUGUCCCCAAACUUUUGGGCUGAACAUGGCUUUGAGCUCCUCGGGUGGCUUGUCUUUGUCCCACCCUCACAUCACUGCUGGGGUGAGGAUAGGGACAGAGAACAGUCCCCAGGCUCGUGGCAUGGCUGAUCUCUGCCUCUGGCUCUGCCAUCUUUUUGCUGAGCUCCCUGCCACCACCCCACCCGAGAGCUCAGCUUCUCAUUAAGAACAAAGAAAAUCAGGUGCUGCAGAGUUGAUUCCGACUCAUGACGACCCUAUGUAUUACAGAGGAGAACUGUUACAUAGGGUUUUCAAGGCUGUGACCUUUUGGAAAUAGAUCACCAGGCCUUUCUUCCAAGGCACCUCUGGGUGGGUUCUAACCAACCUUUUGGUUCGUAGUUGAGUGCUAACCAUUUGUGCCACCCAGAAACUCCCAUCUUCUCAUAAACUCAUUGCCAUCAAGUCAUAGCAACCGUAUAGGAUAGGGUAGACCUGCCCCGUGGGGCUCCCAAGCCUGUAAAUCUUUAUAGAUGCAGACUGCCACAUCUUCCUCCCGCAGAAUGGCUGGUGGAUUCGAACCGCUGGCCUUUCUGUUAGCAGCCAAGCACUUUAACCACUGCACCACCAGGGCUCCUCCGCUUCUCAUAAAAAAAUACCAAACCCAUUGCCACUGAGUUAAUUUCGAUUCAUAGUGACCCUAGAGGACAGAGUAGAACUGCUGCUUAGGCUUCCAAGGAGCGGCUGGAAGAUUCAAACUGCCAACCUUUUUGGUUAGCAGCCAUAGCUCUUAACCAACCACUUCACCACCAGACAAAUCCCAGAGGUGUGGACACCAUGUUGCCCCCUAGUGGCUGAGGAGGGCCUGCCUCUCUGGGCUCCUGUGUAUUCCAGGCACUGCCUGGAUGUAGGACUUCUGUCACCCAGCCUUCCAACCACCCUUGGAGGGAGGCAGUGCUAUUCCUGGCUCAAGUGACUGGCCCCAAGGUCCCAAGGCCAGUCAGUGGCUGAGUCCAGAUUUGCCUCCAGGAAACUCUGUGGGGCAGUUCUAAUCUGUCCUAUAGGGUCGUUAUGAGUCGGAAUCGACUCGACGGCACUGGGUUUUGUUUUUUUGUUGCUAACUCCCAAGCUUAUGCCUCUUCUGUGUCUCAAGGGGACUGGACCCAGGAAAACCUCCCCCCUCCCCCCCGCCGCCA